AUGCUGCCCUUCACCGUCAUCAAGACGCGCUUCGAGAGCGGCCGUUACAACUACGUGAGCGUGGCGGGCGCUCUCAGGAGCGUGUACGAGACGGAGGGCGUCCGGGCGCUGUUCUCCGGGUUGACCGCCACUUUGCUUCGAGACGCCCCGUUCUCUGGCAUCUACGUGAUGUUCUACAGUCAGGCUAAGAAGACGUUACCUCAAGAGGUCACGGCGGCGCCCUACGCUCCGCUGGCAAACUUUGGCUGCGGGGUCGCCGCGGGCAUCAUGGCGUCUCUGGUCACGCAGCCGGCGGAUGUGGUUAAGACCCACAUUCAAGUCAGCCCCUCCCACUGGAGCACGGCAGACGCAGUUCGCUUUAUAUUUAAGGAAAACGGCGUGGCGGGGUUUUUCCGUGGCGCUGUGCCCAGGUCUCUCCGACGCACGCUGAUGGCCGCCAUGGCGUGGACCGUCUAUGAGCAGCUGAUGGCCCGGAUGGGACUGAAGUCCUGAGAGGAAACGAAAAGAUUUAAAGACACGAUUUCUGUCGAAAGCGAGAACAAACGGAGAGCUGAGGGCUUCAUGGAAAUGCUGCUGCUGCUCUACAAACUGUUAUUUAAGUGUUACCCAAGAGUGAAACCUGUGAAGAUUCACCUACAAACCCUUGGACUGUAGUGAAGCUCCCAUCCCUCUGCUCAGUCGGGGUGUGAGACACUCCUAAAGCUCUGAACUCCAGGAAAGGACUUUGAAAAAGUCCUUAAAAAGCAGAUUUUCUGCUAAUGAAGCGAAACAAACCAGCAGGGAGGAUUCUGCUGGAAAAGGUCAAAGAAAGAAGUUCCACUCCGAACUCCAGACAAUCACACCCGCUCGCACAGAUGCAUCAUGGGAAAAAAAUCUGAGCCACUUGCAACAACUUUGUUUUCUGCCUAUAAAACUUUUUUUUUUAAUCAAUUAAACCAUUUGUACCUUCAGCAGUGAAACGCACACGACCGAGUGAUCGAUUAAGAUUUAGUUCAUUUUUAGAAAAUUGAUGAUUUCAGCAUCUGACUCUUAAUGACCAUUGAAGUUGGUUUGUUUUUUUGUGUCGACACUAACGUCAAAUGAAGAAAAACGUCAGCAGAGCUCAAGAUUCUAAUUAAAUAAACACAACAGCUGCUUUAUCUUUUGUUAGUAUUAAUUUAGUCAAAAACACUGAAUUUGUGCACUUUGGUUUGUGUUUACACUCCAGGAUCUUUAUCUGUGUUUUUGCAUCAUCUGGCCUCAUUGAAGCACCUUGAUAAGUUCAGUCCUUUAACCUAAAGUAAUAUAUCAGAUAUUUACUGAGUUAAAAUGUUCCAAAGAUGUUAAAUUUGUAAAUAAAUGAAAUUCUAAAAGUGUUUUUAAACGUUAGAAUAUUCUGACUCUCCUGAUUCAUAACAGACCGUUAAGAGAACUAAAACUAUAACCCAGAGUCUAAAGAAAAUCAUUUUCUUAGAGAAGAUUUGCUGAAUUUGAUGGUUGAACUUUUCCCUCAUUUUCUGAUUUGUUCCUCUGUGUUAAAAUGUUUCCUCAAACUACGACAGACGUUUUUAGAAAUGAAGUCUCGAGUGGAUUUCUGUUUGAAAAGUUGUUCCCGCGUCACCUGACCUUCAUUCUGUUUGUCAGUCAUGUGACUUGAUAUGCAUAAAACAUCAUAAUUUCACCUGCUGGAAACGAAAUGAUGCUGUGAAACCUGCAGUCCGGUUCCAACAUCUUUAUUUAUUGUCUGAGGAACGGUUUGGACUUCAUAAAACAUCAGAUUUAAACCCUAACGGAGGUUUAGAUUCCAAAAGCCGUGGACUUCUGCUGUGUGACAUUAACUCCAUGUAACUGUGCCAAAACGCUCCUCUGGAUUUCAUCUCUUCUGUUGUGCAUUUAAAGGUCGAUGCGAGUAGAAGUUUUUGCUCUGUGCACGUUCGCCCAGGCGGUGCCUCCGUUCAAUAAACUUCCCUCUUUUCAUAAAA